AUGCUCAAGCCGAGAUCGCCCAGAAAGAAGGCGGGCAAGAAGCGAGUCCGAUCCGAAUCUCCUGGCCUCGAAAUUCUUCCGGACGGACAAAACUUUGUGCCUGCAGAGACGAAGCCGAGCGAGAGGCGGAAGCAGAAGCGCGAGAAAGAGGCAGCCAAAGUCAAAGCCGAAAAGCCGGAAAGCGAGGCGGAGGAUAAGCACUCUGAGUCGUCCAGCGACGAUGAUGACAGCGAUUCGGACGCUUCGGACACUUCAACGGACGAUGUCGGUUCGUCGCCUCUCGGCAGGAUGACAGCACCUCGAAGAGCUACCAAGGUCGUCCUGCCCUGGAGUCGGAAAGCCAACAAGAAGGAAAUGCUCAAGUCUUUGGACGUUCUGACGACUCAUACUCCCAAAAGUCGGCUGGGUUCCUGUUGCAUCCAGCAGAUGGUCGAUUGUUGGCUUGGCGAUUCUGCGCAGAUUGACCUCCCUGUAUUCUUCGCCGAGAUGAGGCGAGAGUUGUUGGCUCGCAAAGUCAAGCCUCACAAGCUCAAAGGUGUCCGCGAAGGUUUUUGUCGAGGUGCGGCUGUCGAAAUUGCAGCUGGGCUGCAGCGGUGGAUCCGGGACGACGCCGCUCUUCAUGACAUCGCCGCGGAGCUUCUACUGAUUACAACAACUCGUGCGCAUGAACGGAGCGGCUCUAACCUGAUUUCUGCGGAGGAUAUCAAGUGCCGCCCGCGAAGCACGUCCAAGACUGUCACACCCAAAUCCACCGCAAGUGCACCCAACAAGAUCAGCGUCGCCUCUCCAGCGAAGGCCACCUCCGAUGCUCCAAAGGUAACUUCCAAGGGAAAACGCAAGGCCGAUGUGCUCGUGCAGGAGAGUGAUCAUGCAGACGACGGCACUGCGUCUCAUGUCCCAAAGCUGGGCUACCCCAUGCCACCCAUCACAGACUCCAAAGCUGGACCAAGCAAACGUCCACGACUGGCCACGACAGUUGUACAGAGCGCUCCCUCUCCGCCAGACUCGAACGAAUCAGCCGAACCAGCCGCACCAGCCGCCAGCUCCUUUGUACCCAGCCCGAGCAAGCGUUCGAAGCUUCCCAAGGUCAACAAGAAAAAACCAAAGGCGUCGACGGAGUCCGAUACCACAUUCGCCGCCGGUAUUCCAGCCGUGACAGCCGAUGUCCAAGGCACGAAAGAUGUUCCAGCCGGAACGACGAGAUCUGGCCUUCCCACUCCACCAAACAGCAGUCCAGUUGUUGUUACACGCAUUAAGACGAAGCAGAACGAUGGACGGAGUGAAAACAAGGACGCCUCUCGAAGCGGAUUCAAGAAGUCAAAGACUCCAGCAACAACUCGCACGAGGUCGAACGAUGCGACGACCGUCAAAGUCAAAGAGGAAGAUGUCGUUGGUAACGCAAGCGUUUCUGUUCUUUCGAGUCCGAAGAGGUCCCCCCGUGCCGCAACGUGCCCUCCGCCCGGCUCCCUCGGUGAGAAUGCUUCAGCUGUGGCCUUCGUGCCGUCGUCGAAAAAGAAAUGCUGA